AUUAAGUGAAUCUAAUAUUGAGAGUAUUGUUAUAAAUAUAGAAGAAUUAUAUAAAAAGUAUACUCGUCAUGAUGUAAAUUCAAAUCUUACAAAUCUUAUUUUAAAUACAAUAUCAUCAAAAUCUACUUUAUUGGAUCAAUUUGUAAUAGUUUAUGCUACAUUGAUUGCUUCAUUAUAUAAAAUAAUUGGGAUAGAUUUCUGCGCGCAUUUAGUUCAAAAUUUAAUUGAAGAAUUCGAAAAUUUUUAUAAAAAAUACAAUAAUAAUGAUUUAAAUAAUUUUCAAGACCUUGAAAAUCAAGGUGGUAAAGAAUGCUUAAACUUGAUUGUAUUAACUUCGGAACUCUAUAACUUUCAAGUUAUCUCUUGUGUGUUGGUAUAUGAUUUGAUCAAGAUGUUUAUAUCAAAUAUAAAUGAACUUAAUGUAGAGUUAUUAUUAAAAUUUAUUAAGAGUUCUGGAUAUCAACUUCGACAAGAUGAUCCUUUAGCGUUAAAAGAAAUAAUUCAACAAGUACAAGCUGAGGUUAACAAAAAAGAUUUAAAAAAGUUAGGAUCUAGAACGAAAUUUAUGAUAGAAAAGAUUACAGAAUUAAAAAAUAACAGAUUAAAACAACAAACGGCAAUUUCAAAUGUGGAAAGUGUUUUAAGAAUGAAAAAGUUUUUGGCUAAUUUAAACAAAAAAAUGCAUGUCCAAGCAACUGAACCAUUAAGGGUUAGUCUAGAAGAUAUUCAAUCAGUUGAAACAAAAGGAAAAUGGUGGCUUGUUGGAUCUUCUUGGACAGCAAAUUUAGUAGAUGAUCCUUCCACCUCAACAUCAACGAUUAAGAAAAAUGAUACAAAAAGUGACGAUUCUUUCAAUAAGGAAUUUUUCAAACUUGCUGAACAACAUAAAAUGAACACUGAAGUUAGAAAAGGCAUUUUUGUGAUAUUGAUGAGUAGUGAGGAUUAUAUAGACGCAUAUGAAAGAUUGAUGAAAUUUAAUCAGAAAGAAUCCCAUAAAAGAGAAAUACCAAGAAUUCUACUUUAUUGUUGCGCAAGGCGUCUAUGUAAAUCAGACCAUAGUUUCAAGAUUACUUUUCAAUAUUGUCUUUGGGAUUUUCUUAGAGAAUGUGGUGAAAACAAUGUUGGUGGUUUGGGACUUAUAAAAAGUUCACUAUUAAAUAAAGAAAGUGAAUCUACGGAAAAAGUUCCAUUAAGAAAAUUGGUAAAUUAUAGUAAGCUUUAUGCAUUCUUAAUAUCAGGAGGGAAUUUAUCUAUAAUGAUUUUAAAGACUGUAUCAUUCACAAGUUUAAAACAAAGAACAAUAAUAUUUUUCCAAUUAUUAUUUUCUCAAAUAGUCAUAUUUUCACAACAAAAUAAUGACCAUAACAAAAAACAUAAUGUCAAAGUAUUGGGAAACAUUUUUAUCAAAUCCAUAUCAAAUCCAUCAUUGGCAAAAGGUAUAAUGUUUUUUUUGUCUAAUUUUGUGAAAAAAGGCGAAAUUUUAGAGGAUCAAAGUGAAAAAGAGUUGGUUGAAUGGGGAUGUGGAAUUAUUAAAGAAAUUAUUACGACAAAUAAAGUUAAAAUUGUCGAAGAAAUUUAA